AUGUUGUCACGUCCAAAGAUCAAGUCCAAUAGCGGUACAGGGCUGUUGAACGCUAUAAUAAAUAGUUUACCAGUUGAAUUACAUCUGCCGGGUUAUCAGUACUGCGGACCGGGAACUAACUUAGAGAGAAGACUUGCUCUCGGACAGACCGGAAUAAACGGUCUAGAUUCGGCGUGCAGAGAUCACGAUAUCGCGUACGAUAAAAGUAAUUCUUUAACUGCACGCAGUGCGGCCGACAGUAUAUUGGAAGAACGUGCUUGGAACAGAGUGCGCGCGAAAGACGCUGAUUACAAAGAAAAGGCCGCCGCGUGGCUUGUAACUACUGGUAUGAAGGCUAAACGUAAAAUCGGCAGCGGAUGCGGGUUCGGCAAUAUUGUUGGCGUAUGUAAGAAAGCGUUAAAAAAAUCGAUCGAAACGUGUCCGGUGACACAGAAUAUGGGAAAAUUAAUUAAAUCGACGGUGUGCGUAGCGCGAAAACACGUGAAAGCAAGCAGGGGCCCUCAAACGAAAAAAAAAAAAAAAAAAAAUAAACUGCCUCGUGUGAUCAAAGUCCCUAAAACUGGUGGUUCGUUAGCGCUAAUCCCUAUAUUAGCGGGACUUUCGGCUUUGGGCACGCUGGCCGGCGGGGUGUCUAACAUAGUUAAGACGAUACGUAGUAUUAGGUCAAACGGCGGAUCGCCUAUACAAUUAGGUAAAGGCGUGUAUCUAAAUCCGCAUAAAAGCGGGAGCUCGUACACUAUUAUUCGGAAAUCUGGUGCUAAACGCAUGAAAAAGACUGUGACAAGAAAGAAGAAGAAAAUAUCAUUGAAAAAAAUAAAAAAUAAAAAAUCACCGUCAAGAACGCACAAAUCGGGGAAAUCGAAAACUAAUAGAAAAUCGUCGAUAUCAAAAAACUAAUUUUACCCAACCGCGCUCUUUAUGAUUUUGAAAUUGUAAAAUACGCUAAAUUUAAGAAAAUACGUCAUUUCAGAGGUGUAUAUUGCAUAGACAGGUUGCCCGCUGCCGGACCUAUACGCAUGGAAUGUGCGGUCGUUAACCUUGACUUUGAAAAAAAUAAAGGCACGCAUUGGGUAUGUUAUAAAAAAAUCGGAAAAACAGUUUUUUAUUACGAUAGUUACGGUAAUCUCCGUCCACCGCCGCAAUUAGUGAAAUAUUUUAAAGGCUGUGUUAUCGAAUAUAAUUAUGAACGACAACAAGCAUACAAUACUUUCAACUGUGGACAUUUAUGUUUGAAAUUUUUAACCGAAAAACAAUAAUAUUACAUUAUUGCAUUAUCAUUAUUAUUUUAUAAUAUUAUUAUUAAAAUAUAAAAUAAUAUUAUCGUCGUCGUCGUCGUCGUCAUCAUCGUCAACAUCAUGCCGUCUCAAACACUAUCGCUGAGUGGAAACAGCUCCGAGUUAGAAUGUCAUUUUUUUCCGCCCAUAGAAGUGGGAGAUAAAUCGGAAAUCGGGCUUCUAAGUAUGCAGACAUACAAUUCCAUUCCUAACGUCGAAACUGGAUGUGAUACUCUACAUGUUAUCCACAGCAACCAUCCGCUGCCCACUAAAAUUAAAAUACCUACUGGAUGCUAUGAAAUAAUUGUUUUGGAAACCAAAAUACGCGAACUUCUGAAGGACAUAGGGGUGAAUUUUUUUAAUUUGUCAACUAAUAGCAGCACAUUGAAAUGUACCAUGCAUUGUAAUAGUGAUAUCGAUUUGAACGUCGAAGAUAGCAUUGCGCCGUUAUUGGGUUUCGAUAAACGUAUUUUACCCCGA